AUGGAUGAGGCGACAGGUGCAUCACUUCAACGUCGCCUGUCAAUCGAGAGCACUGCAACGAGCGAAUUCGAAGUAGUAUCUCGUGAACGUUCCGUUUCUGGAAGUACUGUUGAAGGAAGUAGUCAUUCUGAUAACGUUUCACUCGCGGAUGUUUCUUCUCCACCUACUUCUUUGCGUAUUCCUGCACUCUAUACAGAGCCUGCACAAAAUGAACAGGAAGUGAUUCCUGGUGCUUCGAUUCCGAAAUCCACAUGGAGCAUCGACGACGACCUUCGUUCCAUGACCAACUCUAUCUCUCAGAUGUCUGAAUCAUGCGUUUCUGAUGUGAGCAUGAUGGGCAGAGAAACAAUGGGGAUACUUGAGCAAGUGUAUCAUGAGUUGGCUUUGAUGAAAGGACGUAACACAUUGCUUGAAAGGACGGUUGAACAGGCUAAUGAGUGGAGGGAUAAAGCAGAUAGGCUAGAAGAGCAGAACAGAGUUCUACAGAAGUCGCUGCGGACCUCAAAGAAGAAAGUGCAGCAGUUUACGCAAGAAAUGGAAGAAAUGAAGAGGCGAGAGGAAAAAUUAGCAUCGACCAUGAAGGAAUCCGAUGAGCGCAAGACAUCGAGCUGCACUUCGUCAUGGAGCUACCGUCUGAUCACCAUAUGCGUGUUUUUUGCCGUCCUAGCGAUGUACAUCGACUGCUAUGCACAAUUCUUGAGAGAGCACCGGUCAUGUGAGCAGUUGAAAGAACAGUUAAAGCUGAUGGAUGAGUUGGUGGAAAAAUUAGAAGCAGAGCAUACUGCAGAGUACAAACGGCGUUUGGAAGAGAUCUCGAAGCAGAUGGCGGACGAUAUGAGCGCAAAUUUAGCACAAGCCCAUAAACAGCGUGAACUCGAACACGAACGACUCAUUGAAGCGUAUCGCGAGAAAAUGCUUCUACAUGAUGAUCUUAGUGCUCUGCGAAAAGAGAAAAUGCGUGGCAGAAAAAAGUCGGCUACAUGGUUUCGUUGA